ACUGCACCUCUUGGAGGAGGAAAAAAAUGUAGUUAUCGGGUCCAGUCAAGAGUCUGUGUCUCUGGCAUUGUCCACAACAGCCCGUCGGGGAAGGGUCCAGGUGGUCCACAGACGCACGGCGAUCCAAGGGCCACAUAAAGAUGGAGAAAUCGAGGCACAGAGAAAUUAAGUGACUUCGCCACAGUCGCAGGCUGGGGAGGACCCGGACCAGAGCAGAGAGACCUGACUGUGGGCCUGUGUCCUGCCCACGGAGUCACGCUGCCUCCAUUCCUGGGAGAGAAGACUUCCUGCAAGAUGGAGGUGGACGCUGAGGAGAAGCGGCAUCGCACGCGGUCCAAAGGGGUCCGAGUUCCCGUGGAGCCGGCCAUCCAGGAGCUGUUCAGCUGUCCCACCCCCGGCUGUGACGGCAGCGGCCACGUCAGCGGAAAGUACGCGCGACACAGGAGCGUGUAUGGUUGUCCCUUGGCUAAAAAAAGAAAAACGCAAGACAAACAGCCCCAAGAGCCUGCUCCCAAGCGGAAACCGUUCACAGUGAAGGCGGACAGCUCGUCAGUGGACGAGUGUUACGACAGCGACGGCUCAGAGGACGCAGACGAGAAGGAGGAGGACGAGGAUGAGGAGGACGAGUCGGACGAGGACGAGGAGCAGAGGGAGGAUGAGGAGGAGGACGAGGACGGGGACCGCGAGGACGAGGAGGAGAUGGACGAGGAGGACGAGGACGAGGAGGACCACGAGGAGGAGGAGGAGGACGAGGACGAGGAGGACGAGGAGGAGGACGAGGACGACGAGGAGGACAACGAAGACCACCAGCUGGGCUGCCACGGCGCGCGCGCGCUGCAGGACGCGGACAAGGACGACAACAACAACGACGAGUACGACAACUACGACGAGCUGGUGGCCAAGUCGCUGCUGAACCUCGGCAAGAUCGCGGAGGACGCGGCGUACCGCGCGCGCACCGAGUCCGAGAUGAACAGCAGCACCUCGCACAGCCUGGAGGACGACGGCGACAAGACGGAGGCCCCCAGCCGCAAGGGCGAGCUCAGCCUGGACCUCGACAGCGACGUGGUCAGGGAGACGGUGGACUCCCUGAAGCUGCUGGCCCAGGGCCACGGCGCCGUGCUGGGGGACCACCCGGGCGACCGCGCCUAUGCGGACGCGCUGGCGCCGCCCGACGGCCGGACCUUGAGCUACGGGAUGCUGGGCAAGCCGGCCAACAACGGGCUGGCGGACAAGCUGGUGGAGGAGAGCGACGAGGAGGUGUGCCUGAGCAGCCUGGAGUGUCUCCGCAACCAGUGCUUCGACCUGGCGCGCAAGCUGAGCGAGGGCAGCCCCCAGGAGCGGCCGCCCCCGCCCGGCGCCGGCCCGCGCGCGCACGGCCGCCCGGAGGACGACUUCCCGGGCCGGACGCCGGACCGCAGCUACUCCGACAUGAUGAACCUGAUGCGGCUGGAGGAGCAGCUGAGCCCCCGGCCCAGAACGUUCUCCAGCUGCGCCAAGGAGGACGGCGGGUACCGCGAGCGCGACGACGACGCCGCCUCCGUGACCUCCGACCGGUCGGAGGAGGUGUUCGACAUGACCAAGGGCAACCUGACCCUCCUGGAGAAAGCCAUCGCCCUGGAGACCGAGAGGGCCAAGGCCAUGAGGGAGAGGAUGGCGCUGGAGGCAGGCCGCAGGGACAGUCUGCGGUCCUUCGAGGACCAGUCCCCGCGGCCGCUCCCUGGGGAGGAGAGGAAGCCUAAGUCCGCUGACAGCCAUGUCAAAAAGCCAUGCUAUGGUAAAGAUCCCUCGAGAGCAGAAAAGAAAGAGAGCAAGUGCCCCACCCCCGGGUGCGAUGGAACGGGCCACGUAACCGGGCUUUAUCCGCAUCACCGCAGUCUGUCCGGAUGCCCGCACAAAGAUAGGGUCCCUCCAGAAAUUCUCGCCAUGCAUGAAAAUGUUCUCAAGUGUCCCACUCCAGGCUGCACGGGGCGAGGGCAUGUCAACAGCAACAGGAACUCGCACAGAAGCCUUUCCGGAUGCCCUAUUGCUGCAGCAGAGAAACUGGCCAAGGCCCAGGAGAAGCACCAGGGCUGUGACGUGUCCAAGUCCAGCCAGGCCUCGGACCGAGUGCUCAGGCCCAUGUGCUUUGUAAAGCAGCUGGAGAUCCCACACUACGGCUACAGAAACAGCGUGCCCACCACCACGCCUCGCUCCAACUUGGCCAAAGAGCUGGAGAAAUAUUCCAAGACUUCGUUUGAGUACAACACUUACGACAGCCACACUUACGGCAAGCGGGCCAUAGCUCCCAAGGUGCAAACCAGGGACAUAUCCCCCAAAGGAUUCGAUGCGAAGCGGUACUGCAAGGACGCCAGCCCCAGCAGCAGCACCACCAGCACCUACGCGCCCAGCAGCAGCAGCAACCUGAGCUGCGGCGGCGGCAGCAGCGCCAGCAGCACGUGCAGCAAGAGCAGCUUCGACUACACGCACGACGUGGAGGCGGCCCACAUGGCGGCCACGGCCAUCCUCAACCUGUCCACGCGCUGCCGCGAGAUGCCGCAGAACCUGUCCACCAAGCCGCAGGACCUGUGCGCCGCGCGGAACCCUGACAUGGAGGUGGAUGAGAACGGGACCCUGGACCUGAGCAUGAACAAGCAGCGGCCGCGGGAAGGCUGCUGCCCGAUCCUGACGCCCCUGGAGCCCAUGUCCCCCCAGCAGGCAGUGGUGAGCAGCCGGUGCUUCCAGCUGAGCGAAGGGGACUGCUGGGACCUGCCCGUGGACUACACCAAGAUGAAGCCCCGUAGGAUGGACGAGGACGAGUCCAAAGAGAUGACCCCAGAAGACUUGGACCCCUUCCAGGAGGCCCUCGAAGAAAGAAGGUACCCAGGGGAGGUGACCAUCCCGAGCCCCAAGCCCAAGUACCCCCCAUGCAAGGAGAGCAAGAAAGACCUGAUAACUCUGUCGGGCUGCCCGCUGGCUGACAAAAGCAUUCGAAGUAUGCUGGCCACCAGCUCACAAGAACUCAAGUGCCCCACACCUGGCUGCGACGGCUCCGGGCACAUCACCGGCAACUACGCUUCCCACCGAAGCCUUUCAGGAUGCCCCAGAGCCAAGAAGAGCGGCAUCAGGAUAGCACAGAGCAAAGAGGACAAGGAGGACCAGGAGCCCAUCAGGUGCCCGGUGCCCGGGUGUGAUGGCCAGGGCCACAUCACCGGCAAGUACGCCUCGCACCGCAGCGCGUCCGGGUGUCCGCUGGCGGCCAAGAGGCAGAAGGACGGCUACCUCAACGGCUCCCAGUUCUCCUGGAAGUCGGUCAAGACGGAGGGCAUGUCCUGCCCCACGCCUGGCUGCGACGGCUCGGGGCACGUCAGCGGCAGCUUCCUCACCCACCGCAGCUUGUCGGGAUGCCCGCGGGCCACGUCCGCCAUGAAGAAGGCGAAGCUGUCGGGAGAGCAGAUGCUGACCAUCCGGCAGCGGGCCAGCAAUGGCAUAGAGAAUGAUGAGGAAAUCAAGCAGCUGGACGAGGAGAUCAAGGAGCUGAACGAGUCCAACUCGCAGAUGGAGGCUGAUAUGAUCAAGCUCAGAACUCAGGUAACAAUCACCACCAUGGAGUCCAGCCUCAAGACCAUCGAGGAGGAGAACAAGGUGAUCGAGCAGCAGAACGAGUCACUCCUGCACGAGCUCGCCAGCCUCAGCCAGUCUCUGAUCCACAGCCUCGCCAACAUCCAGCUGCCGCACAUGGAUCCAAUCAAUGAACAAAAUUUUGAUGCAUACGUGACUACUUUGACGGACAUGUAUACAAAUCAAGACCGUUAUCAGAGCCCAGAAAAUAAAGCUCUACUGGAAAAUAUAAAGCAGGCUGUGAGAGGAAUUCAGGUCUGAACAGCUGCUGUAGUGGUGGAAUCUUGCUUAAAAACGAUGCCUCUUGUUCUUUGCUGCUGUAAUUUACCAGAAAGUGUUCUCUAUUUAUUUCUGUUUGAAACAGUGUUAUGCUUACAAGACUUCAUAAUGAUUUUCUGUCUUGCUUUAAAGAUAGUACCUGCAGAAUAGUUUUGGAAUACAUUCACAUUUUUGUACGUUUUCAUAUAAGCUGACAUAGUGUGACAUGCCAUGUAAUGUUUAUAGCUGCUGAUGUAUGCACAUUUGGGGGUAUAUAUAUUUCUGAAGAGGUAAGCCGAUCAAAAUAAAUAGAGUGUACAUUCUUUUUAAUGCUUUAGUGAUUAAAUGUUUAGUAUUUUGAACUGAAAUGGACACACACACACACACACAAAAACAGCUCUGAAUGAUCAUUUGGUGGCCCCUCAGCCACUUUUUAGAUGUUAUCGUUUUGCCUCAUGUUGGAGGAUCUUACGGAAUUUAAGAAAUACAUUUUGUGUGCAUAUUGUUUCAUAGCAAGAAUUGGUUGCAAAAAAAUGCUUUAUUUUUGAACAAUGCUUGGAAAUAUUAUGUGAUUUUUUUGUUUGUUUGUUUUAGGAGGAUGGUGUAUGGUGGGGGCAAUAAAUGAGGUUUUUUGCAUUCCAAGGAAAUGGCAUAUGGAUUAACUGUAAGAAAUGAGAUAAGUAAUUUAUUGUAAGACAACAUCAAGCCAUGGAAACUUGGCAGAAGAUUCAAAGCAGCUUAAACAGCACUUUUAAAUUAACUCCUGAGCGUUACAUGGUGUGACGGUGGGACCUUCAGCUAAGACAGGGGCAGAGUAGAGGUGGACGACCCGAAGAUUCCUCCUCCUCUCUCGGGCCGCUUUGGAGCAACCUUCUCCUCCCUCCCCGAGGGCUCCUCGCCCUCUGAACCGUCUGUUGCCCAACAGAAUCCGUGUGUUUUCCUUUGCGCUCAAAGAUCCUUUGAGACUCUCUUUCCCCUUCCACCUUAUCCAGUUACCAUUCCUGUUGUCGCUGUCGUGAGUUUCCCGUGGGGGAUAAAGGCAGACGGCGUGCCAGUCCUCGCGUGACCGGGCCGAGCUGCGGGCCGGCCUGGGCGGGAACGCGGCUCGGACAAGCGCCCCGCCCGGCGCUGGCUUCGAGGAAGCCCGCGUCCUGCUCAGAGGCGCGGCGCGCGCUGCACGGGCCGCCCUCCCGAGGCCCGCGGGCCGCAGGUUCGCGUAGCGUUGUCCGCUCGCUGGUGACCUGCUCUAGGAACGAAUGCCGUCAGAUGGUGGGAGUAACUAAAUGCCCUUCAGCACUUUCUUGCUUUACACUAGAUCAUCUCAGACUCGUUUCCACCCUGGAGACUGACUGUUCUCUCGACGACCCGCACUCCGCGCUGCGUAAGACCGCUCUCCGCCGCCGCGCUCCCCUCUCCUCACGCGUCCCCGGGACGGCCUGUCGUGUUUUCCAUUGCUGUUGACUUGAUUUACAUGUGAUAGCAUUCUCCCUUCCAUGUCUUGAUGUUAUGCAGGAAGUACAAAAGUACUUUAAAAUUUUGUUAUGAAAAAAAAAAAAGAUGGGUUUUGUAAAAAUUAAAAAAAAAUAUUUUUAGCAGAACAGGACUUACAGGGUCAUUGCCCCACAAUGUGCCAGUCGACUAUUUGCACUCACCUUGUCCCAUGUAUCCGUACGGAGGUGUGCAAUUCCCGUGUCAGUAGCCUCGUGACGCUGACCCUGGAGGAAUCUGAGGAGGCCUCCCCGCUGGCCUGAUGAUGCUACGACAUUACAGGGGCCUCACCGCAAAUGCUCUGAUACAAUACUCAACCUCGGUAUAUAUAUGUGUAUAAUACAUGUACAUCCCAGCGGCACUUUAUACUGCUCACUGUACAAAAGCUUACAGUUUUCCAGGAGGACUUUACUACUUAGCUGGGAGAAGAUUGUGUGAUGACUCAGGCGCCGCAGCGCCUUCCCUGCGGGGCCCUCUUUCUGUUGCGUGAUUCGUUGUAGCUACCCUGCUCAGAAUUGCCUUUUUGAGAGCUGAAGCCAGGUGCGCCUCGCCACCUGCGGCCACAUAUCCCGUCCGGGGCCCCAGCCUCCCCGCAGGCCCCCGUUGUUCGUAUCGGCACAUGCAUCUCCCCGCCCCGUCGCUGUCUGCAGCUUCCUUGCCAGUUAUAGUGAUGCUUUCCGUAGCGUGAUAGGUAGUAUCAGUUUGGGAUUCUAAUUGUUCUCACCUAUGUACAAUGGAAAGGGGUUUUAAGCACAAAUCUGCUGCUCAUCUAACGUUGGUACAUAAUAUCAAAUCAAAGUUAUCUGUGACUAUUAUAUAGGGAUCACAAAAGUGUCACAUAUUAGAAUGCUGACCUUUCAUAUGGAAUUAUUGUGAGUCAUCAGAGUUUAUUUAUUAUAACUUAUUGUUCAUAUUCAUUUCUAAGUUAAUUUAAGUAAUCAUUUAUUAAGACAGAAUUUUGUAUAAAUAUUUAUCGUGCUCUCUGUGGAACUGAAGUUUGAUUUAUUUUUGUACUACACGGCAUGGGUUUGUUGACACUUUAAUUUUGCUAUAAAUGUGUGGAAUCACAAGUUGCAGUGAUAUUCAUUUUUAAAUUGUGAACUUUGUACAAAUUUUGUCAUGCUGGAUGUUAACACAUCUUACUCUAAAUAAAAAAGGUGUUACCACAUUUGUAGCACGAAGGGUCUCUA